CUGGGCCCAAAACUUGGGUGGAAGGCAGAGGUUUCCAGGACCCUCCCCGCCCCCUCCCUUCCGCCCAAUGCUCCCUCGCCCCUCCUUCCGCGCCCCUGUAAACUGCCCUGCAGACGGAGAAGGAGUUCAUCCCGGAGGGGCUGGAGGAGUGGUGAAGGGGGAAGGCUGGGGGCGGAGGGAAGGGCGGCGGGAGCCGGACCGGUCCCACCCCUAGCUGCAACCCCUGGCAGGAAGAGAUUGUCGCGGGAGCCGCCGCCGGAGGGACGAAGCUCCGGAGGGCGGGCGCCCGAGCGGUGGCGGGCGGGGUAGCCAUGCUCCUGGCCGGGGGUGACCCUCCCGCGCAGGAAUGGGUCAUGGUGCAAACCAAAUCGAAGCCCCGGGUGCAGCGGCAGCGGCUGCAAGUGCAGCGCAUCUUCAGGAUCAAGCUGAACGCCUUCCAGAGCCGCCCGGACAGCCCCUAUUUCUGGCUGCAGCUCGAGGGGCCCAGGGAGAACAUGGGCAAAGCCAAGGAGUAUCUGAAGGGCCUGUGCAACCCAGAACUGUGGAAGGAGGUUCGCUACCCGCCAGCCCUGCACUGCGCCUUCCUUGGGGCCCAGGGCCUCUUCCUCGAUUGCCUCUGCUGGAGUACCCAGGCCUACCUGGUGCCCGGCCCCACUGGCUCCCUAAUGGUGGGCGGGCUGACCGAGUCUUUCAUCAUGACCCAGAACUGGCUGGAGGAGCUGGUGGGGCGGCUGCGCUGGGGCCCUGCUCCUCUGUUCACCCCCCGGGGCAUCUGGGAGGCUGAGGUGACCAGGGCCUUUGGGGCUUUGGUCUGGAUCCGUGGUGACCAGUAUGCAGGGGACCUGCUGCAGCUGCCCCCAGCAGUCCAGGAACUGCUGCUGAGCCUGGUGCGGGAUGCUGCGGGCAAGGAGGACAUCAUCGAGUGGCUCAGCCGCAUCGGCACCUCCAGCGCCCGCUCCGACCCGGAGGUCCUGAUCUGUCCUCCCCACCAGCAGAAGGAAGGCCCAGCCGUGACAUCCGUGGGAGAUGGUCCUGGGCCCUUGCUGGAGAUGAGGACCCUCCAGAAUGGGAACACAGAAAAUUCAAAGAGAUUAACCAGCCUGGGAGCCACUUCAGGCCCGAACACACAACAGGAGACAGCAAACCAGCUGGUACGGGUCGGUUCCGACAACCAAGGUGGUACGGACAGUGCUCACAAGGAAGGGCCAGUGCCAGCCGCCAGCAGCCAGGAUUCUGCGAACCACUCCCAAGCUUUGUCGCAGCAGAGGCAGGUCCAGAGGGUGGAAGACAAACUCGCCUUCCAGCCCCAGGUGUCAGCCCUGGGUGUGUGCCCAUCUUGGAAGGCCUGGGCUCCGGGGCCAGCCUUUGGGCCCUUGUGGCCAGGGGCUAUUGCUGCAACCUUCUGGAGGAUCAAUGAGCUGCAUUCUCUGCACCUGGCCUGGCUCCUGUCCCAGGCGUGCUUCAGUUUCCCAUUUUGGCAGAGGCCUCUGGGCCCCAUUCAGUUCAAGCUGCCUGGGCAGAGUCCUUUGCCCUUGAACUUGGAGUGGAAGCAGAAGGAACUGGUUCCUUUGCCCAGUGUGGAAAGCCCAGAAUGUAGACCAGAUGGGGGCCCAGGAGGAGAGGCAGCCCUGCAGAAUUGCCCAAGACCAGAGACACCCCCCAAAGUCAUGAGUUUAGUGGUGGUCUCAGGGGGCUUGGGUAUAAAGGACAAAGCUAGCCCAGGACUCCCACAGAUAGGGCCACCUUUGACUUCUACACCCCAACUGCAAGCUGGAAGUGAGCCUGGGGAUCAAGGAAGUGUUCGGUGGGAUUCUAAGGGGCCAGAAGAAGGGCCCUUUCCAGCACCACCCACAGGGCAAGGGAUGCCUAUAGCUCAAGGGAGGCCUGUGGGUCAAGGGGAGCUGACAGCUAAGUCAGUACCUGAUGCUCAAACAGUGCCUGAUACUCUCGAAGUGCCCAUGGCUGCAGCGGUGCCGACAGCUCAGACCCCACCCACAAAUCAAGUGCUGCCUGCAGCCCCCAAAGUGCCUACAGCCCAGAUGAUGCCGACAGUCCACACAGAACCCGUGGUCCACACAGAACCUGCAGCCCCCAAAGUGCCUCCUGCUUCAACAAAGCCAGCAGCUCACGGGGGACCCACAGCUCAAAAGGCAGCCAUGGGUCCACCUGCAUUGGCAGCUCCCGUGGUGCCUGCGACUCUGAAAACUCCAACAGCUCAGAAAAUGCCUGCAGCCAAAACAGCACCUGCAGGUCCCCAAAUACCCAAAGCUCAACCUGGACCUGCAGCUAAAACAGGGUCUGCAGCGCCCAAAGCACCUGCAGCCCCCAAAGUGUCUGCAACACCCAAAGCCUCCAGAGCUCCGAAGACGUCUGCAGCUCAGAAGGCGCUCACAGAUCCAGGGCCAGCCUUGGAUACAGCCAAACUCCUGAGAGAGGUCCAGCCUUUGCCAAAGGGCAGUGCUUCCUUCCCGAAGGGCCAGGGGGAGGCCAGGAGGCAGGGUCUCCAGUCCAGCAGCACCUUGGCUUCCAGUAGUAUGUAUCAGCCUCAGGUGGGCGGGCUCCUGGGGGCUUGGGAGGGGGCCCCAAGGCAGCCACCUCGACAACCACAGGCAAACAGCACAGUGACCAGCUUUCAGAGGUACCAUGAGGCCCUGAAUACACCCUUCGAGCUGAACCUGUCGGGUGAACCUGGGAACCAGGGGUUGCGGCGAGUGGUCAUUGAUGGCAGCAGCGUGGCCAUGGUGCACGGCCUCCAGCACUUCUUCUCCUGCCGCGGCAUUGCCAUGGCGGUGCAGUACUUCUGGAACCGCGGACAUAGAGAGGUCACUGUGUUUGUACCCACCUGGCAGCUGAAGAAAAACCGGAGGGUGAGAGAGAGCCACUUUUUGACGAAGCUACAUUCCCUCAAGAUGCUUUCAAUCACCCCCUCCCAGCUUGAGAAUGGCAAGAAGAUCACCACCUACGAUUACAGGUUCAUGGUGAAGCUGGCGGAGGAGACAGACGGCGUCAUUGUCACCAACGAGCAGCUCCACAUCCUGAUGAAUAAUUCCAAGAAACUGAUGGUCAAAGACCGCCUGCUGCCCUUCACCUUUGCUGGGAAUCUCUUCAUGGUGCCCGAUGACCCCCUGGGUCGAGACGGCCCCACCCUGGAUGAGUUUCUGAGGAAGCCAAACAGGUUGGACACCGACAUUGGCAACUUCCUGAAGGUGUGGAAGGCUGUUCCUCCCAGCUCAGCCAGCAUCUCCGAGCCGAGUGACACCGCCAAGUCAGAGCCCCUGGAGAGUCCUCAGAAAGUGGAAGAAGUCAGGGAGGAGAAGGAGGAGAGGCAGGACGAAGAGCCAGAGCCGAGGGAGAGGCAGGAUGAGGAGCCGAGGGAGGGGCAGGACACACAGAGGCCAGCUGAGGAAGAGGAGCCGGACGCCUCGCUGGCAUCGGUGUUCAAGGCUGAGUGCCCGUCCCUGUCAGAGGAAAUCCUCCAGUGCCUCAGCCUCCACGACCCCCUUGAUGGAGCCCUCGACAUCGACCUCCUGCCAGUGGUGGCUUCUCCCUCCCUCGGGAUCCCCUGGGACGGGAAGGCUCCCUGCCAGCAGAUUCUUGCCCACCUGGCUCAGAUGACCAUCCCCAGCAACUUCACCGCACUCUCCUUCUUCAUGGGAUUCAUGGACUCCCACCGGGAUGUCAUCCCCGACUACGAAGCCCUUGUGGGCCCCCUGCACAGCCUCCUCAAGCAGAAGCCAGACUGGCAGUGGGACCAGGAGCACGAGAAGGCCUUCCUGGCCCUGAAGCGAGCCCUGGUGUCUGCCCUCUGCCUGACAGCCCCCAACUCCCAGCUGCCGUUCCACCUGGAGGUGACUGUGAGCCAAGUGGCCCUGACGGCCACUGUCUAUCAGGAGCACUCAGGGAGGAGGCACCCCAUUGCCUAUACCUCGAAACCCCUCCUCCCUGAUGAGGAGAGCGAGGGACCCCAGUCGGGGGGAGACAGCCCCUACGCCGUGGCCUGGGCCCUCAAGCAUUUUUCCCGCUGCAUUGGAGACACCCCCGUGGUCCUGGACCUCUCCUACGCCGCCCGGACCACCGUGGACCCCGAGGCAUGGGAGGGCCGCAGGCUUUCCAAAGCGUGGCUCAUCCGAUGGUCCCUCUUGGUACAGGACAAAGGCAAGAGGGCCCUGGAAUUGACCCUUCUCCAGGGCCUGCUGAGGGAAAACCGACUGCUGACACCAGCGUCCUCCAUGCCUCGUUUCUUCCAGGUUCUGCCUCCCUUUUCUGACCUGUCCACUUUUGUCUGUAUCCACAUGUCAGGCUAUUGCUUUUACCGCGAGGACGAGUGGUGUGCUGGCUUUGGCCUCUACGUCCUGUCUCCCACCAGCCCUCCGGUCUCCCUUUCCUUCUCUUGCUCGCCUUACACACCCACCUACGCCCAUCUGGCUGCUGUGGCCUGUGGCCUGGAGCGCUUCGGCCAGUCUCACCUCCCCGUGGUUUUCCUUACUCACUGCAACUGGGUCUUCAGCCUCCUCUGGGAGCUCCUGCCUCUGUGGAAGGCCCGGGGCUUCCUGUCCUCCGACGGGGCCCCGCUACCUCACCCGAGCCUGCUCUCCUACAUUAUAUCCCUCACCUCUGACCUCCCAUCCCUUCCAUUUAUCUACCGAACCUCCUACCGGGGCUCCCUGUUUGCUGUGACAGUGGACACCCUGGCCAAGCAGGGCGCGCAGGGAGGCGGGCAGUUUUGGAACUUGCCAACGGAUGUGCCAGUCCCCGUAGUGUCUCCCCGUGCCAUGGGCAAGAAGCCCAACUUGCUGGCGUUACAGCUCAGUGACAGCACCCUGGCAGAUAUCAUUGCCAAGCUGCAGGCUGGGCAGAAAUUGUCCGGAUCCUCGCCCUUCAGUUCUGCCUUUAACUCACUCAGCCUGGACAAGGAGAGCGGCCUGCUUCUGUUCAAGGGCGAUAAGAAGCCUAAGGUCUGGGUAGUCCCGAGGCAGCUCCGGAGGGAUCUGAUUUUCUCUGUGCAUGACCUCCCCGUGGGGGGCCACCAGAGGCCUGAGGAGACCUACAAGAAGUUGCGGUUGCUGGGGUGGUGGCCCGGGAUGCAAGAGCACGUCAGAGGUUAUUGCAGGAGCUGCUUGUUCUGCAUUCCCCGAAAUCUCCUAGGCGGUGAGCUGAAGGUUAUCGAGUCCCUGUGGCCCCUCAGGUCGACCGCCCCCUGGUCGAACCUGCAGAUUGAGGUGGUGGGCCCAGUCACCAUAAGUGAGGAGGGCCACAAGCAUGUUCUGAUUGUGGCUGAUCCCAACACCAGGUGGGUGGAAGCAUUCCCGCUGAAGCCCUACACGCACCUGGCUGUGGCCCAACUGCUGCUUCAGCACGUGUUUGCACGGUGGGGUGUUCCCGUGAGGCUGGAGGCCACCCAAGGCCCCCAGUUUGCCCGGCAUGUUCUGGUGAGCUGUGGGCUGGCCCUGGGAGCCCAGGCCACCUCCCUGAGCAGGGACCUCCAGUUUCCCUGCCUGACGAGCUCAGGGGCCUACUGGGAAUUCAAGAGGGCCCUCAAGGAGUUUAUCUUUUUGCACGGCAAGAAGUGGGCAGCUUCUCUGCCCUUGCUGCACCUGGCCUUCAGGGCCUCCUCCCCCCAGGCCACACCAUUUCAUAUCCUGACAGGUGGCCAGGAGAGGCUGAUGGAACCCCUGUGGUGGGAGAUGAGCAGUGCAAAUAUCGAGGGGCUCAAGAUGGAUAUCUUCCUGCUACAGCUGAUGGGGGAGCUGCUGGAACUCCACUGGAGGGUGGCUGACAAGGCCAGUGAAAAGGCGGAGAACAGGCGGUUCAGGCGGGAGAGCCAGGAGAAAGAGUGGAACGUGGGCGACCAGGUCCUCUUGCUGUCCCUCCCCAGGAAUGGCAGCAGUGCCAAGUGGGUGGGUCCCUUCUAUAUCGGGGACCGGCUGAGCCUGUCUCUCUACAGGGUCUGGGGCUUCCCAACCCCGGAGAAGCUCGGGUGCAUCUAUCCUAGCAGUCUGAUGAAGUCCUUUGCCAAGAGUGUCACGCCCUUGUCCUUCAAGGUCUUAGAGCAGUGAGCUGAAGCAGUGGGGGAGGCCUCACCCCCAGGGUCCUGGGCUGCUGCUGCUGCUAAGCCUCCCCCAACCCCCAUCAGUGCUCUGAAAGCCCCCUGGGGGCCUCCAUUGUGCCUUUUGUGGAGAAUUUACUUCAUAAAGCUUUGCUGAAUUGCCUUGAACUGGGGACCAGCGUCCCUAUGGAAAUGUCCCCAGUGUAGGGUAUUGGGAGAAUCUGCUGUCAGAUAUGGGGGCCCCUGGCAGUUUCACCCCCUGGAGUGCGAAGUCCCCUUACCCAGGUAGGCCAGGCUCUGUCUUUCCCCAAGUAUCCCCUUCACCCUGACACACAGGUGCAGGUGUACACAUGCAAACACGCACACACACAGAAUUUGGUUCCUGGCUACCUAACUAAAAAAC